AUGAGCGAUCUCAACUGGUGCACCUACUGCGACAACGCUGUCAACUCCUUCUCUAAUUCUCUUUACUGCUCGGAAGAAUGUCUUCGUGCCGACGCAUUAAAUCAUCAUCCUCUACUUGGCUACGACUGGCAAGAGUUCAAGGAUUUCCCUCGUUCAUCUUCAUCAUCAUCAGCAUCCUCAAUGGCUUCACCGGGCCUAUGUUCAUCGGCAUCAUCAGUCGCCUCUGCGUCUCCGUCGCUAUCACCCGUCCCAUCCUAUACACUGCCAUCCCCG